GGCUGAAACUAAACUUUGUGACUCCUUUAAGAAAGAGUUCAGUGUUUACGUACUCGGGGGUAAAUGUCACGAUGUUUGUCGGUGCGUGAAAGCCAUAUGGAAAGAACGAAAGAGAACUUUGAAUAGGGAAGUUGAAUCUUGCUUUUGCGAAUUAACCUGGGCAGUCCGAAACAAUAACCAUGAAUAACAUGAAUAUGUCAAUGCAAACCACAGCCAUGCCAGGUAUGGGGGACAAAAUGACGGGCAUGACUGGCAUGGGAGGCAUGGGAGAUAUGGGGGGACACAUGGAUGGACACAUGGAUGGACACAUGGACGGAAACAUGGAUGGAAACAUGGAAGGACACAUGGGCGGGAGUAUGGCAGGAAUGAUGCAAAUGUAUUUCCACACUGGUAUAAAGGAAUAUAUCCUGUUUGAGACAUUACUGACUACUACAGCUGGAGAAAUGGGCGGAGCCUGUGUGGUUAUAUUUUUCCUAGCAGUCCUUUAUGAAGGACUUAAGGUACUUCGAGAACAUCUGCUUAAAAAAAGUCUCACCGCCAACAAAUACAGCAGCGUCACUGCCACAGGGAAUGGCUUCUCACAAGAUACUGCUGUAAUAGACCCCAGCAAAUCAAAAAACAACAGAGAAAAUGUCAAUAUGCAUUCUUCAUCCCAUUCUAACCAAAAGGGAGGUAUUAGCUAUAACCUUCAGGGACAAAGAACGUUCAACAACGUCCACAUGUUGAGUUCCAGCCAUUUUAUCCAGACUUUUCCUCCACAUGUUACAAGUUUUCGUCAGCUACUGCCUCAUGUUGGUGUUCAUGACGUACAACGCCUGGCUCUGUAUAUCCGUUAUUCUUGGAGCUGCCGCUGGCUACUUCCUGUUUGGCUGGCGGCGGUCGAUCGUAGUGGACCUCAAUGAGCAUUGCCAUUAGUAUCCUGAGGCUCUAUAAUAAUUAAUGCUUCCAAGUUGUGAUUAAAAAUAUUUUUUUUGUAUUUCUUAGAAGUUUUGGGUAAUAUGUAACAGCAGAGAAAAACAUGCCAAGGAGAUAAAACAUAUGACUCACAGCAGAUCAUAUAAUGUGGUGUGUCAAAGGGAAGACGAGAAAAUAAUGGACGGGGAGUUAUAGAUUUAUAACACCACUUAGUAGGUGUUGGGGAUGAGGGAGAGAAAGGGGUUGUAAGAUUUGGACAAACAAAAUAGAGAACGAGAGUGAUAUGUCAUUGGUGAAAAUAUGUGGGAAUGCUAAAAUGGUUGGGUAAUGGUGUCCCAUCAGAUAUACUUAUGGAAUCUUAAAUAAAAUUAAAAUUGUUUUAAGACCUUAGUCUGAAUGAGUAGAGAGAUUUAGAACUGCUACCAGAAAAGUAAUGACAACUGGACAAUAAUCAUUGGGGUCAGUUGGAGCUGGAUUCUAAGAUACAGGUAUGCAUGUACAUUGAUGCAAUGUAAAACAAGGAGGCACUCAUGACUUUAAAAUCGACUUUCCUACUGAAGUUUAUUUUUUCUUCCAAAUAAUCAGAAUUUCUUUUAAUAUGAUAUUACCUCCGACCUGUAAGGUUUUCUUUUUUCUUUACUUAUCACAAAACCAUCUGAAGCAAACACUUUGUUACUUGAUUAACGUGUAUGUUGAAAUGUAUGUAUUUAUGUAAGGCCAUGACAUCAAGGUAUUUUGGGGUACAUAGACUAUGAAUUUGUUUCUCUACAGAUUAAACAUUGUGUCAAGUUUGUAUUGUCUUCUAUAGUAUAUUAGUAAAAAAGGUUCAACUUUACAUUGUAUUAACGCUGGGGCCCACAUAAAUAGUCCUACAUGUAGUGGGGUGGGGGUGGUCGUUAACAAGUCUAUCUUACUGUUGGCAAGGUAACAGAACCAUUGUCUACAGGUAACCAUUAUAUCUACUUAAUGUUUAUAACUACUUAUUUACAUGUACUGUCGUCUUAUAAUUUUGACAUUUUUUUUUUUAUUUUGUGGGGUGAAAUAAACAUUCAAAUAGAAUUAUAUCUUCUCUUAAAUGCUGAAAUGCUCAUUACAUUAUCAAAAAAUCAAUUUACUAAAAUCCAGUGCACAUUUAAAGGAUCUAAUUCAUAGUUGGUCACUUUGUCUGGGGCAUAUCUCUCAUUGUCUCCUACGUACAAUUCCAAAAUUUUAUAAGGGGCACAAGAGUUCCAAGUAUUAACAAUAUUGGAACAACUAAUGCAAGUGAAUUAUCACUAUUUUGUUACAUAUUUUAAAGGUUUUGUCAGCAGUAUAUCUUUGUUAUACACAUUUCAUUGUUCAUUAUACUCGACACCACAGGUAAUGAUAGGGCCACCUGUCAUGCCAUUUAUAGAACUGCAUAAAUAGGUUUAUGAUUUUUGCAUGUUUUACACAGAAAGUUCUUUCUCAAGUGUUGAUUGCCUAUAUGUACACCAUCUAUAUAAAACCUACCUAAACCGAACAUCAUCAGAACCAAUAUAGACAGGUUUUUGGAUUUAAUGUUGAAAGUUGAUGCAUGUGUGAGUGUGUAGCGGCAUGUACGUGUUUGUGAUGUUUAGAUGACAUUAUUCCAUAGACAAGUCUCAAAAUUUAGGGGAUGAAUGACUUAGGAUAUUUUUAGUGAUCCUAGUCAAUGAGGUAUUCAUGGAUGGAGAGUACAUAUGUAUACACGUAUAUAUAGUUUUGUGGGGUAUUACACUUUAGACAAUGUAUUUGUGUACAUUGUAUUUCUGUGUAAUUUUUGGAGCAAUAUAAAGGUUGACUAAAGACAAUGAGUUAAUAUAUAGUUGUUGAAUUUAUUACCAGGAAGGUGAUAAGGUAUUCAUGUAUUUAGUUUAUAUUUUUUUAAACAGUAUUUUUUGUUUGAAUUUUCAAUAUUUUUCAAUUCUAGAAGUGGAAUUCAAAAUUCCAUUAGCUCUAUAUACUGGUAUGCUGAUAUGUCUUCAAAAAAGCUUAAGUGUCGCAAGGUUUUAUCAGGUAUUGAUAAUUCUGAUGAAUAUUUGCAAAAAAGAAAGAUAACUGAACGGAAACUUCAUUCCAUUUACUGUAAAAUCCUGAAGAUUCCAUGACCAAUUGAAAAGUGUUAGGAGUAACUAUAACCAAAAUGCAAUGAUCAAUAAUCACAUUCAAUCAUCUUGAAUUUUUUCUACUUCAAAAUUUCCCUUGUUAUGUUACUGCAUUUAUACAAAGUAUUCAAGCAAUUUGCUUUCUUUAUUGUGGAGAAUCACGUUCAAUAAACUUGAUCUUUGCUCUUGAGUUCUUAAUAUAUGAAUUUACAUGUACAUGACACAGCAGAGGAAUUUAUAACAGGUGAUGUUAUAUACAUUAUUUAUAUAAACCUGUAUUGGUGCUUUGACUAACUAUAAGGAACAUGUAUGAUUCCUAGUUCAGAUGAUUAAGUUGGUUUACAAGUUUUCUGUCUCCUGUAAUCGCCAUUGUAGGCCGAGUGCAGAUGAUGCACCAAUAUAAUAACGCAUACAGCUGUAUCACUUAGUUCUGGUGAAGUUAUAAGUUAGUCAUAUUUAUUCACAUAUUUAUUCUGCAUGCUCACUAAAUAUAUUACCCAAAUGUUGGUCACAGGAAUAUCGGUAAUAGGAUUAGUCUUGUUUAAUAGGGUUAGUCUGUUUAACAAUGUUAUACCUGUCUAUGUGAUGUGAAAUGCUACUUUUUGGUCAAUACUGUCUAUAUCGACAAUUGGUUAAAUAAGUAUAGUUACUUGCACAAUCUAAUUAAAAUUAGACUUUUAAUUUCUAUAUUAGUUACUUGCAUACAGAUUUGUUAUAGUAUUGAUUUAGGGGUAACAUUAUAAGGAUUAUACAUAUAAGCAGAUAUUACACUAAACCUAUGACAGUACAUUCUGAGACAAUAGAUGUUAUACAUUGUAUAACUAACAAGUCAAGGAAUAAUGAUGGGAUGUUAUUACAGUGCAAUAUAAAGUUGUCAUCAGUAUAUUUUUGUAGUGGAUAAUCAUACAUGUUCUUGUUAAGAUUUUAAGCACCAUUUGUUAAUACAUAAUGUAUUUGUAAUUCAUGAUGGUUUUGAUGACAACACAGUAUAUUAGUUUAAUCCCUCAGAUGCUCAGUCUACUGAGUUUCUGUAAAAUAAUGUCACAAGAAAGCUGGGAACAGCUACAAAAAUUGUUUAGUUAUUUUGAUAUAUUUUUGUAGAUAUCUUUCUUUACUUAAAAAGAAGAGGAACAUAUAUAUAGUUGUAAUACAUUUUGUAGUACAAAUAGAAUUCAUGAUUCCAUUUUUGAUUCGUUAUUUUGUUUGUUCAAUGGUAUUGAAAUCCAUACAAAUACAGGAUAACAUAAUUAUGCUGUCAAGUUUAUCAGUAUUUAAAAUUCAAAGUGGUGAGAAAUAGAUCAGUAUCAUUAACAUACCAUUUUCAUUUAAAGUAAUUUUCGAAUCAAAUACUUGCUAACAAAAGCAUGAUUACUGGAAAAGCACAUCAUCAUGUCAUUUUAUUUGCUUACUUCGUUAUUGAACAAUUUUUUGUUGAAUUAAAUUUAUAGAAUAUUUUCUUUCUAUAUUAUUUGGGGUUAAAUGAUUUCUUCAUAUCUUGAUUUGUAUGGAUGUAAAUGUUAUGUGAUAUUGAUAUUAAGAUACCUGUAAAUAUGUCUCAUCAUCACCAUACAGUAUAUAUAUAUAUAUAUAUAUUAAACACUUUGAAAUGGA